AUGCACGAGUCCAAGUAUUUGUAUCGCGUGCGAGACUGGUUAUUGCUAGCUGUGGUCGCUGACAGACUCAAACUCAAACCCAUCAUGGGGCUCAUCCACAACACUCUGACCCUAUUCUGCAGAGAAGAUCGACCAGGUAUGCCACCUGAGUUGCAGCACGGCUCGAUGAAUGAUGUCGAAUGGGCAUUGAUAAAAGAACUGCAACUGAUCGACGAUCGAAUGUUGGAAACGCGACUACAGUACGUUGAAAGAGUCUUCCACGCGUUGCGUCUUCUCUCGUACCAAGUCGAAAACAUGGACAAAGGCAUACUGCCUACUCAAGAGCAGUUCGAGGUUUACCAAGAGUACAGUGUGGCGCCGUGCUCAGAAUGUUACUCGAUCUCCUCAAAAGACUUUCAUCAAAGAUUCCCCAAGGCAAACCUUUGGCCUCUGUUUGGCAACUCGUAUAAGACAUAUCAGGGCUCGGUCAUCGACGUAAUUCGCAAGAUUCGAGGUAUAGAAGAGGAUCUGGUUGACAAGGCAAAACGCCAUAGACAGCGUGGGAGGCAUUGCAAUCAGCUCACGCAUCUUUAUCAAAAUAUGAGAAACCUUAGAAAGGAGCUCAUUUGCUAA